AUGUCAAAUCAUUCAUUUGAUGCUAAAAGCUUACUAUACACCAUGAUUGAUAUGCAAACCAUUCAAUUGGUCUCAAUUCUUGGUGUUGGUGCUUACGGUGUUGUUUAUCUAGGUCGUCAUGUCUACAGUCGAAAGCAUUAUGCAGUCAAACUGCUCACACAUCUUCAUAUCAGCUAUAAAGAAGUCGAUGUCCAUGCCUAUCUCUCAGGACAUCCCAACAUUCUCAAAUUCGAAAAGGUUGUAUUUGAAGCUGAAAAAACAUUUAUGGUGAUUGAAUACACACCAGAGGGUGAUUUAUUCUCUGCCAUCACUCGGCCUCAUAAUAACAUUGUGGGUAAUAACCAGGCCAUUCGUCACAUAUUUCUACAAAUACUGGAUGCAGUUCAUUAUUGCCAUGAGCAUCAUAUCUCACAUCGUGACCUAAAGCCUGAAAAUAUCAUGCUUGGAUCCAAAUUGCAAGUCAAAUUAGCAGAUUUUGGUUUGGCCACUUUGGAUCACGUUUCUAACGAAUUCGGAUGCGGAUCUACCUUUUAUUUUUCUCCAGAAUGUCAAGGAGGUUCAACUAGAAUCAAGGGUUACAAUACACAGAAAAAUGAUAUAUGGAGCUUAGGAAUUAUUCUGAUCAACUUGACAGCAGGCAGAAACCCAUGGAAGCAGGCCCACACACGCAAUGCAGCGUUUGCCAACUAUGUACGCAAUCCACGACAUUUCUUUCGUACCAUCUUGCCUUGCAUUUCAGACGAAUUGGAACGGAUCCUGUUACGGAUCUUUUGUCUGAAUCCAGUUAAACGUAUUUCACUGCGGGAGUUACGCCAUCGUAUCCUAAAGUGCCAAUCGUUCGUAGUUCCACAACAGCAGCAGCAUUAUCAUGCACCACCACCAACACUACAAGAAGAGGACUUUAAAAAUUCACACUGCAACAUGGCCCAUACAGACUCAGUAGCCCAAACCAUGCUACAGUAUGUGGGUGGUUUUAUAGAUAAUUAA